AUGGAUGUUCAACAACUGUUUAAAAGCCUCAGGAAAGAAGCUGAAUGUCCUCUGUGCUUAGAGACAGUCAAAGAUCCCAAGACUCUGCCAUGUUUACACUCAUUCUGUUUGGUAUGUCUCGACAGACACACAAACUACGCAAGAAGACAGCUUCAGACAGCAAUUAAAUGUCCGGUUUGUCAGGCUAGCUUUCAAAUCCCUCAAGAAGACACGUUUGGCGGCCUACCUGCGUCUUUUCAUCUCAACCGACUGGUGGAUCUCCUUGCUCUAGCGGAUGGUGGUACAGAGUCCCAACAAUGCGGCAGUUGCGAAGAAAACAACACUGCGACUCACUAUUGUUUUGAGUGCCAGAGCUUUCUCUGUACAACUUGUUUGAAAGCUCAUCAACGCAUCAAGGCCACAAGAGGUCACAAAAAUAUCUCUGUCAAGAAUUUGCAAGCAAGUGAUGUUGACAAGUUGAUACGCAGACCAGCCAUGUGUUCAGAGAAAUACCACCAAGAUCAGCCACUCGAAUAUUAUUGUCAAAAUUGUAACGUUUGCACCUGCAUAAAGUGCAGUGUUGUGAGUCAUAAUCAUCACACUAUGGUUGAUAUGCAGAAAGCUGCAGAUGAACAAAAGAUGCAAAUAGCUGAGGCUUUGAAGAAAGUGAAAGCGGAAGUUGUUAUUUUCGAAAAUGAAAUGAAGCACCAAAUGGAGUUAAUGGACGAAAACAAAACACAAAUAUUAGCUGCAAGAGAGAAGAUGAACGAGACUGUGGACGAUUGUAUUCGCUUAUUAACGGAGCAUAAGGCGUCGAUGAAUUUGAAAUUCGAUGAAAUUAAUCAAGCGCAUCAAAAAGCUCACGCAACACAUCUGGAAAACUUCCAGCUCGCUGUCACUCAGUUAAAAAGUUCUCUUGAACAAGGUGAGAACAUCUUAGAGAGGAAUAUCAAUGCUGAAAUUUUGCAAACGAAGCCUGUGAUUAUUGGACGCUGCGAGGACCUUUUGAAAGCAGAAAGACCUGCGACUUACGAACCACCCCAUGUAAAUUACGUUAUAGAACAGAAAAUGGAUGUUGUGGAUCAAGUUGUGGUGAGCCAAACAGAUCCCUCUUUGUCAAGUGUCGAAGGACUUUUAAGGGAAGUGAAAGAACAGAUAGAUACAAAUUUUGUUGUUUUCACGAGAGAUUCAUUUGGAAGACAGUGCUAUAACGAGGAUGAUCGUAUUAUGUGUGAAAUUUGCACUUCAACAGGGGAUAGUUUGGAAACAGAUCUGGAAAUUGUAGACAAGGAGGAUGGUUGCUACACAGUAUAUUAUACACCAGAUCGUGUUGGAAUAGAUGAGGAGGAGAUUGAAGUGAAGAUUGAAGUGAAUGGAAAACCGCUGGAUGAUUGUCCUUGCAGUGUUCUAGUCAUCCCUAUGUAUCAGUAUGAUUUUGAAUUUGGUUUAACUGGUAACGGACCAGGACAAUUUAAUACUCCUUAUGAUAUUGCCAUUAGUGAGGAAACAGGAACUAUUGCUGUAUCUGACUACCAAAAUAAGAGAAUUCAGCUGUUUGACUCUUAUGGCCGAUACCUGAGAGAGAUAGGACUGAGGGCUAACUGCACUUCAUUAGACUUUACCAAGUCCGGUCACAUAAUUGCCGUUACUCCUGGUGACGUUCACAAAAUUUCUUUGUUUUCUGAGGAGGGUCAGUUUGUCAAGCACAUCGACAGUGAGCACUUGAAGUUUCCUUUUCAUAUAUCCACUGAUGACGAAGAUUACAUAACGAUAUGUCAUCAAGAGAGUAAUGAGGUCAUAGCCAUCUCUCCUGACGGAACAGGGUUAGUAACACGCAUUGCUGCUUCAGAGCAUGAUCAGUCAAUUAUGUGCGCCAUCUACCACGAAGAAACAGCCUGUUUCUUUGUCUCUGAUUCUAAGGCUGACUGUGUCAAUGUUUUUGAUGAGAAUGGAAACUUCUUGUAUGAUAUUGGUCGCGGGAGUUUACUUUAUCCUGUCGGCCUUGCUAUUGACAAAUUUAACAAUUUGAUCGUUUGUGAUACUGGGAACCAGAGACUUAAAGUAUUUACCACCGAGGGAGACUUUCUGUCAGAGACUGAACAAUGUUUCCACGCACCGUAUUUUGUUGCCGUGUCUAAAGAUGGAAACGUUCUAGUCACUGAUUAUGAGAAAAAUUGUGUUUAUCUCCGAAGAGCCAGUUUAUCCAUGGAUGUUCAACAACUGUUUAAAAGCCUCAGGAAGGAAGCAGAAUGUCCUCUGUGCUUAGAGACAGUCAAAGAUCCCAAGACUCUGCCAUGUUUACACUCAUUCUGUUUGGUAUGCCUCGACAAACACGCUAACUACGCAAGAAGACAGCUUCAGACAGUAAUCAAAUGCCCAGUUUGUCAGGCUAGCUUUCAAAUCCCUCAAGAAGACACAUUUGGCGGCCUACCCGCGUCUUUUCAUCUCAACCGAUUGGUGGAUCUCCUCGCUCUAACGGAUGGUGGUUCAGAGUCCCAACAAUGUGGCAGUUGCGAAGAAAACAACAUUGCGACUAACUAUUGUUUUGAGUGCCAGAGCUUUCUCUGUACAACUUGUUUUAAAGCUCAUCAACGCUUCAAGGCCACAAGAGGUCACAAAAAUAUCUCUGUCGACAAUUUGCAAGCAGACGAUGUCGAAAAGUUGAUUCGUAGACCAGUCAUGUGUUCAGAGCAAUAUCAUCAAGAUCAACCACUGGAGUAUUAUUGCAAAGAUUGUAACGUUUGCACCUGCAUAAAGUGCAGUGUUGUAAGUCAUAAUCACCACACUAUGGUUGAUAUGCAGAAAGCUGCAGAUGAACAAAAGAUGCAAAUAGCUGAGGCUUUGAAGAAAGUGAAAGCGGAAGUUGUUGUUUUUGAAAAUGAAAUGAAGAACCAAACUGAAUUCAUGAACAAAAACAAAACACAAAUAUCGGCUGCCAGAGAGAAGAUGAACGAGACUGUGGACGAUUGUAUUCGCUUAUUAACGGAGCAUAAGGCGUCAAUGAAUGCCAAAUUCGAUGAAAUUAAUCAAGCCCAUCAAAAAGCUCACGCAACACAUCUGGAAAACUUCCAGCUCGCUGUCGCGCAGUUGAAAAGUUCUUUGGAACAAGGGGAGAAUAUCUUGGAGAGGAAUAUCAAUGCUGAAAUUCUGCAAACGAAGCCAGUGAUUAUUGGACGCUGCGAGGACCUAUUGAAUGCGAAAAAACCCGAGAUAUACAAACCACCCCGUGUUCAUUACGCAGUAGAGCAGAAAUUUGAUAUUUCAGAUCGAGUUGUUGUGAGCCAUGCGGAUCGCUCAUCGAGACUUGUCAAUCUCUGGCAGGAGAAGGUAGAAGAACAGAAAAAGACACAUUUUUUCAUCAUCACGAGGGAUUCAGAGCAAAGACUGUAUUAUAACGAGGAUGAUUGCAUAAAAUGUGACAUUCGCACUUCCACAGGAGAUAGCUUCGAAACCGCUGAUCUAAAGAUUAAGGACAACAAAGAUAGUAGUUACAUGGUAGAAUACACACCACCUCAUACCGGAUUGUAUGAAGUGAAAAUUGAAGUCAAUGGACAGCCGCUGAAAGGUAGUCCGUGGAGUGUGCAAGUCAUACCUCAUCAGUAUCAGUUGAAGUUCAGUUUUGGUUCAAAUGGCAGUGGACCAGGACAGUUUGAUGGACCUUAUGAUAUUGCUGUUGAUAAGAAAACAGGAAUUGUUGCCGUAUCUGACUAUGGAAAUAAAAGAAUUCAGCUGUUUGGCACUAAUGGCAAAUACCUGAGAGAGAUAGGACUGAGGGCUAGCUGUUGCUCAUUAGACUUUACCAAGUCCGGUCACAUAAUUGCCGUUACUCCUGGUGAUGUUCACAAAAUUUCUUUGUUUUCUGAGGAGGGUCAGUUUGUCAAGCACAUCGACAAUGAGCACUUGAAGUUUCCUUUUCAUAUAUCGACUGAUGAUGAAGAGUUUCAAACGAUUUGUGAUCAAGGGAAUAAUGAAGUCAUAGUCAUCGCUCCUGACAGUACAGAGCCAUUGACACGUAUCACUGCUUCAGAGCAUGAUCGAUCAGUAAUGUGCGCCAUUUGGCACGAAGAAACACACCGUUACUUUGUCUCUGAUUCCAAAGCUGACCUUGUCAAGGUUUUUAAUGAGGAAGGAAAUUUUAUGUAUGAAAUUGGGCGUGGAAGGUUACUGAAUCCUUUUGGACUUGCUGUUGACAAAUUUAACAAUUUGAUCGUCUGUGAUGCUGGGAACAAGAGACUCAAAGUAUUUACUACAGAAGGAGACUUUCUCUCAGAGACUGUACAAUGUUUCCACACACCGCGGUUUAUUGCCGUGUCUAAAAAAGGGGAAGUUCUGGUCACUGAUUAUGAGAAAAACUGUAUUUUUAUAUUUCAAUAG